GACGGCCCAAUUGGGAGAGAGCGAUUAAGCGAGCGCGCGGUCGGCCAUAGUCUCUCGCGCCGGGCGAGCCGCGUGGAUCGCCGUUGUGUCUUCUCGCGCGCGCGAUCGGCCUCGUUCUUCGCUUUCUUCGCCGCGCCGCUCGGCGGAUCGCCGUGCGGCGCGUACGCUCUCUCGCGCGCGCACACCAUGUACAGGAGGUACUCGUGUAUACGUGCGAGCAUAAAUUCGUAUCUCGCGCGGCGUAUCGCCACCGCGAGUACACACGCAAUACUUAUCAUCGUGCGCACCCGUCAUACGUACACACACGCGCGUUACCGUGCGCCGUAUGCGGGUACGUAUCCGUUCGCGGAACGAUCCGGCCGCUUUUUUCCGGCAUACGUCGGAAGCCAGCGGGGGCGCCCAAUGAGAAGAUUUGUUUUCGAGUCGUUCGCAAGAGUUAGGUCUUCUUAUUGGACGCGUCUCGCCGGAAAGCGAGCGUACGAGUCCUUCUGCGGCGAGUGUACACGAAUACGCGCACAUAUCGCGUAAAGAAUGUGUAUAUAUAUAUAUGUCUGAAGUACAUAUAUAUAUGCUUGCAAUGCGCAGGGUGUAUUAUGUGCAUACGCGACGUAUGCGCGCACGUAACGCACACUCGCACCGGUACACAUGCGCAGAACGGGCGAGCCAGCGGCGCGACGCACGUGUGACCGACCGAGAGAGAGAGCGCGUUAGUGUGUUAGUGAGGCGCAGACCGGGGCCGGGAUUGGUCGAGGGGAACGCGUGCCGCCACGGCUAUCUCGUGCUUCGUACUUCCGCCGCCGUGUGCCGGAGAGCGCGCGGCGAGUUGCGCAGUGCGCUCCCCACCGCGUGCGCGUAGUGUGUGUGUAACCCCCGCGCGCGCCGUGUCCGCCAUCUUUGUCAAGUGGGUAACCUUUGUUGAUUUGUGUGAAAUGUGACGCCGUUGUCGCGCGAGAUAAUUGGUGAUCGUGAUUACGCGUUCCGUGUGUCGUUGAUACCCGGUGAUACGUGCCAACGUCGUACCAGUGGAUUUACCUGUCGAUGGGAGCGCUGCGACCAGGGUCAGCGCAAUAGCCGGCGCGCGGAGGAGGAGAGGAAGAAGAAGCUCUCGAAGCCGAGCUUCGCAAGAGAAGCAGGAUGUGAACGUCGCGCGUCGGCGAACGUGACGUCGUUUACCCCGGUGAAGAGGAGGAGGCCACUAGCCGUGACUUCGUCGACGCGUCGUCCGCGCCUCGGCCGCCGAGGACGGGGACGCGAUGGGCGAGCAGGACACGGCCGACACUUGGUCGGCCUGGUUUUUAGACGCGAUACGGAAGAUACGCAGUCAGAAGCAACGGCCGAGCGUGGAGCGGAUAUGCCACGCGAUACGGCAGCACCACAAUUACCACGAGGAGGAGAUCGCCGAACACUUGGAGGUGGCCGUAAAGCGCGGCGCCGUGCUCAAGAUCUUCAACAAGGGACAGUCUUCGUACAAGGACCCGGGCGGCCUGCAGUCGAGGCCGCUCAAAGUCAACAAGGCUGUGGACCUCAGCAAGGUCAUAGGCAAGGCUGUGCGCGAGCUCGGUGAGCGCGAGGGCUCCUCUCUCAAGAGUAUCGAGAAGUACAUCCGGCAGAGUCACACCGUCGAUGAGGAGGCCGACGGCGACCUCAGGGUCGCUCUCAGGCUGUCCGCCAAGCGCGCGGUCGACCGGGGACUCGUGCUGCAGGAGGGAAGACUGUUCCGGCAGUCCGACCGGCCGCCGUACCUCAAGAAGUACAACGACAGCGCUCAUUCGCCGCCGGAACCGACCGUGAUCAAGCUGCCGGCGCCGCUGCCGAUCUGCCGGGAGUGCCUUGGCACUACGGUGGCCGGUAACAACAACAACAACAAGCGCAACUCGAACGAGAAGCUGAGCAGGUGUAGCGUCUGUGGUGCCGCCCUGCACAACUCAUGCGCGCCGCCGGAACUCUCGGUGCUUGUCGACCGGGGGAUAACCUGGUCCUGCGACGACUGCUCGCCGACUUGCUCCGGCUGUCAGCUGGAGCAGGAGUCGCAGAAUUAUCUGGUCAAGUGCGCCGGCUGCAUCAAGUGUUACCAUCCCACCUGUCUCGACUCCAGCCUUGACAAGAAGAACCGGGCGCCCUGGAGAUGUCGGCAUUGCCUAACGGCACACACACCGGUCGGCAAGGACGACGGUAAGAAGAACAGGGCGCAGGAUUCGGCCGACGACGACACGACGAACAGCGCGAGGAAGAGGCUGAAAUUGCGGGAGAAUCGAAAAUCGAUGGUAUCCAGAAAAUGCUUGGCGAAUGCGUAUCCCGGCAAGAGAGGCAAUGCGGGAGUGGCACAGGUGGACAGCAGCUCGGACGGUAAUGCGGGUGUUGUCUCCCCUCGUCAACCACCUUUGAUUUCCUCUCCUUUACCACAACCCCCCACCCCACUCGCAGGCCAGGGUAGGCUGCUCGAGGAAAAGAACGACAGGAUCUCCAAGGAGAAGCAAAAGUUUUUUAGAUUGAGCGCGUUUAACGCCGAGCACAGUAAAUUGAAGCGGGUGGGGGGCGGUGAUAAAUCGAGACCCUCGCGGAACGUUAGCGCUAGGUCGACCCGGGGUGCCGUGAGUCCGAAAAAGCAUGGAACGCCGCGAGUGUCUAGCAGCAGCAGCGCCGGCGAUAGCAGCAGCAGCAGCAGCAGUAGCGAGGCCGGUAACAGCAGCGAGAGCUCGGACGGCAGUGACAGUAGCGACGAUGACGACGAGGACGAUGAUGAUGAGGAGGAGGGCAAUAGCUCGAGCGAGAGCAGCGGCGAGUCCUGCUCGUCGUCGGACGAUGCGCAACGAAUCGAGUCACCCAAGACGAAAGUGCCGUUCGCCUGCGACCUGAGCGAGGACAAGCCGUGGGGCUUCGCCGCCGCCGCCGCUAAGCUCAAUGCAGAGUCGCCUUUCUUCAGCAAUAUCACCAACACCUUCGGCGCCCCGUUACCCAAGCUCGACGUCAGCGACACGCCGACUUUCGGCCUGCACAUACAGCCCGCGGCGGACGGUAAGAAGAAGAAACCGGAGCGCCAGUCGGCCGGCGGGCUCGCCGACAACAAGGUGAAGCCUGGAAGCGGCCAGCUGAGGAGCCUCUUCGACGGCUUGAGCCACUUUUUUUCAGCGCCCAGCAGAGCGAGAUCGGCGGGUGUGCCGGCGCCGAAUUACGCGCCGGACAGGAGGAAAAGGCCUAACGCCGAGGAGGCCGAGCCGAAGACUAACAACCGGGUCUCCUCGCGGACCGCUGGCAACCAGCGGAGCAAACCGGACGACUCGCCGAGUAAGUCGAAGGAGCGGAAAAAGAGCAGCAGCGAGGCCGAGGGUGUGACGAGAGUACCGAAGCCCGGUAUCUUCGUGCCGUCCGACGAGAGUCUGUACAGCUCGCUGAACGAGAAGCUGCCGAGAUUGACGCCGUCCGGUCUGGUGAAGACCGCGGUGAACAGUAAGAGGCACGAGCACGAGAGGAGAAGGCUGAUGAAAGACGACGCGUCGUCGCUCGUCAAGUGCGCGGGCCCCUCGUCGCCGUCAUCCUCAUCGUCAUCGAGACACGAGCAGCAGCAACAGUCGCGAAAGAAGUCGGACGCGACGCGCCACCCUGUGCCCGCGUCGCCCGUUGCGAAAUCCGGCCUCAGCUCUGACUCCGUCAAAUCAAAUCCCAAUCCAAAGUCCAAUCCACGAGCCUGUACUAGCGCCACCACCACCAACACCACCACGACACCCCGCGCGACACCCUGCUCCACCAGGAAGGAUGAGCCGGUCGUUACGCUGACUCUGCCGCCGGGUGUCACGCAGAAGGACGUGGAUCUCUUCAAGGAGGCGCGCGACAAGGCGGCUCGGUUGACCGUCACCAACGACGACAGCGAUCUGUUCGCCAACUCGAACGCCAGCAACGCGUCCGGCAACAGCAGCUCAGCGCGCAAUCCUGCGGCGAUAGUGUUCGGCCGUUACGAGGUCGAGACUUGGUACUCGAGCCCGUUCCCUCAGGAGUACGCGCGACUACCGAAGCUCUUCUUCUGCGAGUUCUGCCUCAAGUACACCAAGAGCCGGGCGGUGCUCGACAGGCACAUGGACAAGUGUCAAUGGAGGCAUCCGCCGGCUACCGAGAUCUACAGGUGUAACGGAUUGUCCGUGUUCGAGAUCGACGGCAACGUGAACAAGAUCUACUGUCAGAACCUCUGUCUGCUGGCGAAGCUGUUCCUGGAUCACAAGACGCUUUAUUACGACGUGGAGCCCUUUCUGUUUUACGCGGUGACGAAGAACGACAGGUACGGCUGCCACUUGAUCGGCUAUUUCAGCAAGGAAAAGCACUGCCCAGCGCAGAGGUACAACGUCUCCUGCAUCAUGACCUUACCGCAGUAUCAGAGACAGGGCUUCGGCAGGUUUCUCAUCGAGUUCAGUUAUCUCCUGUCGAAGGUCGAGGGUAUCCCGGGUACGCCGGAGAAGCCGCUCUCCGAUCUCGGCCGUGUGUCGUAUCAUUCCUUCUGGAAGAGCGUGGUACUCGAGUACCUGGACUCGCAUCGGAACGCGAACGGCAUCAAGUUGGACGAUAUCACGAAGGAGACCGGCGUGUCGGCGCACGACAUCGCCAUGGCGAUGCAGCUGCUCGGCUUCAUCAAGUCGGUGCAGCUGCCCGGUGGGGGGAACUCGAAGGUGGCUGUGGUAGUCGAUUGGGAUAAGGUGGACGCGCACAUGGCGAAGGUGCGGAAGAGUUCCCGCAUCAAACUCGACCCCGACUGUCUCAGAUGGAUACCGUUGCUCACACAGAUACCCAACCCGUAUCAGACCGCGGAGGAGAGCGGCGACACCAGCUCGGAGGUGUCCCCCGCGGCGACGGAGCCGAAGGCUGCGCCGGCGGUCGUCGAGAAGAUACAGAAGGUGAAGAUAAAGAAGAAGCCGAGGGGUAGGAGAAUCGGCCAGAGGAGGUCGACGCCCUUGAAGCCGAGGCCUCCGCAGAAGAACACGCUGCAGAAGGACGCGGGCAAAGAAGAGAAGGACGCUAAAGACGCGGUCAGGGCGUCGAAGGAGUCGAGGGAGUCCGCGAAGGAGAGUCGCGGUAACGUCGAGAGCGCCGACAGCCGGAAGGACGGCGAAGCGGACUCGAAGAGCGGCGCGGCGGCCUCUUCUACAUCGAGGAACUCCCGCGCGGUCAGCUCGGCGAAGAACAACACCCCCGCUCCGACCAGUCCGCCGAAGACGACGCACGUGAUGACGAUGUCGAAGAGGAGGAUCAGACCGCCUAAGACGUACCUGGCCGAGUCGGCGGCCGCCGUCACGACGCCGCUGAGGAAACGCAAACAUUCCGACAAGACUGAAGCCGCGGGCAAGGAGGAGGUGAACAUCCGGAAAAGGACGCGGGAGUCCCUGAGGGAGCGGGACAAGGAGCAACGCGAGCCCGAGCGCGACAAGGAGAAGACGAAGGACAAGGAGAAAGCGAAGGAGAGCGAGUCCUCGCCGAAGGAGACGCCGACGGCACCGCCCAAGCCGGAGUCGACGAGCCGACGAGCACCGCUGCCGUUGACCCCGAAGUCCCCGUCGAAGAAGCAGUGCAAGGUGGACGACAUCCUGCUGAAGGUCACCAGCAGGCAGACCAAGUACAUGCAGAUGAAGCAGGCGAAGGAGAAAAAGGCGGAGGAGGCGCAGUGCAACGGCGGCAAGGAAGAGGCGCGAGACUCGAACUCGUCGAAGAAUUCGUCGACGCUGUCGAGACGGGGCAGGACCAAAACGGCGGCGACGACGACGACGACCUCGACGACGACCACGACGACGACAGCGGCGACGGCGAAGACUACGACGACGACGUCGUCGUCGACGGAGGCUCUGAAGAUGCCGCAGUUGAAGCCGGAACCGCCCACGAAGAACCGAGCCGAGAGUCCUGUGAUACCGCCACCGUCGUUAUCCCCACCACCUUCCGCGGAACCAUCCGUGAAAAACGGCUCCGUUCGAGCGGCCGUGAAGCAACCGUCCGCACCGGACCUACCGUCGAAGCACUCGACGGUCGCCGCCGGCAACGCCGCGGACAGCAAGAGCGAGAGCGCGGAGGAGAACAACGGCUCGACCGCAACCGCGGAGACGGAGGUGGCGUCCGCGAGUCCUGGUGAGUACGAGGGUGGCGACGAGGACGAAGGCGAAGAGGAGGAGAUGCCCGCGCCUAAACCCGGCAAACAGCAGCCGUCCUCGCCUGUCGCGGAGAAGCCCGCGAAGGAGGUCGUCCGAGUGGACGACGAGAGGGCAGUAGCGGACGACAAGUCGCAGGAGGCGGAGAGCUCCCCGCAGAAGGCGGAGCCGGCGGCACCGGUCGGCGACGAUCAGACUGAAACUUUAAACGAAUGUGAUAAGGACUCCGAGACUGAGAGGCCCGUGCGCAGUCCGGAGGCAUCGAAAACAGUACCUGAAGUUGCUUCACCAAAAGAGGAGGAGGUCGACAAGCCGGAGGCCGCCGGUCUGCCGAAGAGGGACGACCCCAAGGAAGAGUUUGUCUGCGAGACGACGACGAAGGAAACGAAGCUCGAUCUGACGCGGCCGAAGGCCGAGGCGUCUCCCGCGACGACGACGCCGGCGACGACGGAGAAACGGGGCGUCAGCAACAACGCGACGACGACGACGGAGGUCGAGCCGCUGACGCCUCAGGAAAAGGCGGUGCCCGCGACGUUGGAGCAGCAGGACACCGCGCUGCAGACGCAGACGGACGAGCUGAAGCAGCACUCGCCCGAGAGCGGCAAGACGACGCCCCACUUGGAGAACCCGGGCUCGGUGAAGCGAACGCCACCGUCGCAGCCGGACCUGCCGUCCAUGGGGGUCUACACCCCGGAUUCGACCACCAAUUCGGUGCACUCGCUGCACUACGGCCAGUGCGACCUGGACGUCAGCCAGCUAGGCCUCGAGUCGCCCACGUCCAUAGCGAGCGACCUCGCGUCGCAGAACAGCGUGGAGCGGCCGCCGAGCGCGCUACCGUCCAUCCCGCCGUCGGUGAGUGCGCCGAUGACGGUGUCCAUGCAGAUCGCUGCGCCGGUAACGUCGUCGUCGUCGCCGAUGCCUGUGAACUUACCUACGUCGCAGCAGCAGCAACAACAACAGCAGCAGCAGCAGCAGGUGCAGUACGCCGACUGCUCGAUGUCGCAGCACACGCCGCCCGCUCACGUGGGCAUCGGCCAUCCGAUGCACCCACAGCCGCAGUCCCUCCAGCAGCCGCGCACCCCGCAGUCGCACACUCCGCAGAGCAUCCCGACCCAGAGCCCGCAGCCGUUGCCGCAGAGUCACACGCCGCAGCCGUUGCCGCCGCAGAGCAUACCGACUCAGAGUCCGCAGCCGAUGCCGCAGAGCCACACGCCGCAGCCGCUGCCCCAGGCGCACACGCCCCAGCCGAUGCAGCUGUCGUUGGGGCAGCAGAGCAUGGCGCACCAGCCGUCGCAGCCUCCCCCGCAGUCGCACAGCAAGAGGGCGAGCGGCUCGCAGACGACCCACCGGUCCAGGUCGACGCAGCAGAGCGGCAGGUCGUCCCACCGCGCCACUCCGCCCGCGACGCCCCACGGGCAGACCUCGCAGAGCGGGCACAGCAACAGCACCGUCGCCCACAGCGGCGGCGGCAGCGCGCACACGGUGCCGCCGCAGUACCAGCAGUCGCCCUCCGCGUCGAUGAGCGUGCCGAUGACUCACCCGCACUCCCACUCGGCCCACGCCGCCGCCGCCGCGCACUCCCACAACAUGGCGGUGAUCUCGCAGGGCAACUACAUGGCGGUCGCGGGCUCGCAGGGCUUCCCCGCGCAGAACACCUACGUGAUACAGCACCGGGGCGGACGUUCCGGCGCCCCGACGCCCUGCACCACCGCGACCAACUUCUACAUACAGACGAGCGCGAUGCCGCCGCACUCGCACACCCCGGCGCCGCCCUCGCUGGCGGCGUCCGGCAACCACCAGGCGACGAACUCGUGCAGCCUCGCGAAGCUGCAGCAGCUCACCAACGGCCUGGACAUGAUCCCGCCGACGCCCUCGCCGGCGAUGAACCUGACGCCGCCGCCGCCGAUACCGCACACGAUGACGCCGCCGCAGACGUCGCGGCAGCUGCCGACGCCGCCGCAGGUGCCGCUCGGCUACGCCAAGAACUACUACAACGUGAACACCGUAGGGCCGCCGGGCACGCCCGGCCCGCCCAGCCGCUCCGCCUCGAGGUCGUCGGCGAACGCCGCGGCCAACAUGGCCUCGCUCACCCAGCCGUACCCGAGCGAGAGCCUCUACCGGCAGAGCCUCGACCCGGGCGGCGCCUGUCCGCAGAUGCAGAGCGCCGCCAGCCGCGUCAGCCCGAACGUCACGCUCAACACGAAUCUCAUGGCGGCCGCGCAGUACGGCUACCGGGUGGCCCAGCCGGCCACCGGCUACAUGAACCAGGCGGCCCAGUUGGGCGGCUUCAUGAAUCAGGCGAGCCAGCUGCCGGUGGGCGUGGUGAACGUGCCGGCGCCUUACCCGCAGGACCCGCACCAGCAGAACCCGGCGGCGGUCUACACCACGUAUCACGGUUACAUCAACGGCGGCCUGAUGCAGCCGCUCAACAGCACGAUGAGGCCGCGUUAGGUCCACCCGGGCGCGAAGUGGAGUCGUACGGACCACUCUGGCUUCCUCUCAUCGCGCCAGCGGCCCGCUGGAUCGCUGGAACGAC